AUGGAGAUUCCUUCAACUUGGGAUUUUGAAAGUUAUGGGGAUUUUGAAGGUGUGGAUGGUUGUGAUGUAGGAGUAGUUUGUGAUUUGAGAGUUUGUGUUGGCGGUGAGGGUUCAGAAUUUGUGGAGGUGUUGGUCUUGGUGGAGGUGAUGGUGAUGGUGAAUGAACUAGAGAUGGUUAAGGAGAUGAUGAUGGUGUUGAUAAAAGCUAUUGAGGGGUAUAAUGUUUAUGGCCUUGAAGCUUUCGAUAUGUGUUUGGUUCCUGAUGUGACUAUCCCUGCCAAAUUCAAGGUUCCUGACUUUGAAAAAUACAAGGGCAACACAUGUCCUAAAAAUCAUCUAACUAUGUAUUGCAGAAAAAUGGCAUCUCAUGCUCAUAACGAUAAACUUCUCAUUCACUUCUUCCAAGACAGUUUGAGUGGGGCAUCGUUAAGUUGGUAUAUGCAUCUUGAGCGAAAUCAAAUUCGUUCAUGGAAGGACCUAGCUGAUGCCUUUUUGAAGCAAUACAGGUACAACGUUGACAUGGCCCCUGAUAGGAUGCAAUUGCAAAAUUCACUGAAAAAGGACAGCGAAGCUUUCAAAGAAUACGCACAACGGUGGAGGGAAAUGGCCUCACAAGUAGAACCCCCAUUAUCUGAAAGAGAAAUGGUUGGUAUGUUUAUGGAUACUCUCCCGUCGCCUUUUUUUGACAAGAUGAUUGGGAGUAUGUCAUCAAACUUUUCUGACCUUGUCAUGAUAGGAGAAAGGAUAGAAAGUGGGAUGAGGAGUGGCAAGAUCGUAUGUGCAGCAACUAGCGUGAAACGACCCCAGACGACAUUCACAAAAAAGAAAGAAGGAGACACUAACGCUGUAAUGGUAAACCCCAGAAUCUCUUAUUUUCCACCCAUCAAUUCUUAUCGACCCCCAAUUGAGGACAAUCCCAACAUAGGGAGCAAUCCUUUGCCAGGUCACGGGAACGCCUCUGUGAAUUUCAUUGAAGAUGGGAUAGACCAACAUGCAGUAGAUGGUCAUCCUAAAGGAACUGAGGUCACUAACAUCUCAGGGAUUGGUGGAAUGACUCGGAGUGGUCGAGUAUACACUCCUGAGCAACUUAGGAAAAAAGAGGUUAAUGGAGAAAAAGGAAAAGAAGAUAUGUAUCAUACCAUAAAAGGACAAGAGAUCAGUAAAAAGACGGUGUCUGAAGAAGAAGCUAGUGAAUUUUUGAAGUUUGUCAAGCAAAGUGAAUAUAAGGUGGUGGAUCAGCUAAAUCAGACCCCUUCCAAGAUAUCAGUUCUCUCCUUGUUAUUGAAUUCUGAAGCACAUAGAAGGGCACUGAUGAAAGUUCUAAACGAAGCCCAUGUUACUCACGAUAUCACCGUCGAUCAGUUUGAUGGAGUUGUCGGUAACAUCACUGCUAGUAGUUGCCUGAGUUUUAGUGAUAAUGAAUUACCAGCUGAAGGGACAGAGCAUAAUAAAGCACUGCACAUCUCUGUGAGGUGUCACGAUCAUAUUCUUGCACGAGUGAUAGUAGAUAAUGGUUCAUCAUUAAAUGUCAUGCCUAAAUUGACACUAUCAAAACUAUUUGUUGAGGGAGUCUGUUUGAAGCCUAGUGCUUUGGUGGUGAAAGCGUUUGAUGGAUCUAGAAGACAAGUGGUUGGUGAGAUUGACCUGCCAAUUCAAAUCGGACCCCACAUCUUUGGGAUAACCUUCCAAGUAAUGGAUAUUAAACCGGCGUACAGCUGUCUUUUAGGGAGACCAUGGAUUCAUGCUGCUGGAGCAGUGACAUCCACUCUCCAUCAAAAGCUAAAGUUUACAGUGAACAAUAAGCUGGUAAUAAUAUAUGGGGAAGAAGAUAUGAUAGUAAGUCAUUUAUCUUCUACAGGCUACAUUGAAGACACGGAGGAAGCCAUAGAGACUUUCUUUCAAGCAUUAGAAAUUGCCAAUGUUGUCUUCAUGGGUGAAGGAUAUCGUUUAAAAGAACCAAAACAAUCUACCAUAUCAUUGAAGUCUACCAAAUCCAUGUUAGAAGGAGGAGUUUUUCUCAAUUUGGGGAAGUUGAUAGAAAUACCAGAAAAGAACAAUAGGUACGGGUUGGGAUAUGUACCUACUCAAGCUGAUAAAGAGAAGUUUGCAAAGGGUAAAAGAGAAAACUGGACACCGAAUUCACAGAAGAUUCCUAUUUGUGACAUUCGUCAAAAUUUUCAAAGCGCCGGAAUAAUAUAUGCUGAUCAGGUGGCUGUUGCGGAAGAGGAUCAUGGUGAUGAUGAUACCCUCAAGCUAGUGUACCCUUGUCCUCCAAACACCAAUCUCAACAAUUGGAAGAUCAUCGAGUUUCCCGUGUUUGUUAAUUCAUUCGAAAAUGAAUAUGUUGAAAAUAACAGCGCUAGAACCAUUUCUUGUAACUUUGAACGUCUGAUUAAUCAUGCCGAUGAGGAUUGUGAAGACGAUUGUGAGCUUCCCCCAGAACUAGAAAGCUUAAUUGAACGGGAAGCUAAGAUAAUCCAACCCUAUCAAGAACCUGUUGAGGCGAUCAAUUUAGGGACUGGGCAUGAUAAAAAAGAAGUUAAAGUUGGUAUGUCUAUGAAAGAAAGUGAGCGAGAAAAGUUGGUUAAACUUUUAAUUGAUUAUGUGGAUGUCUUUGCAUGGUCAUAUCAGGAUAUGCCCGGGUUAGAUACUAACAUAGUUGAACACAAGCUACCACUAAAGCCUGAAUACACUCCAAUUAAACAGAAGUUGAGAAGGAUGAGACCUGAUAUGUCGCUUAAAAUUAGAGAAGAGGUCAAGAAGCAAUUUGAUGCUGGUUUCUUAGCAGUAGCAAAAUAUCCUCAAUGGGUGGCUAAUAUUGUACCAGUUCCAAAGAAAGAUGGAAAGGUUCGAAUGUGCGUUGAUUAUCGGGAUUUAAAUAAAGCUAGUCCUAAAGAUGAUUUUCCUCUACCUCAUAUUGAUGUCCUAGUGGAUAGCACUGCUCAAUACUCUCUUUUCUCCUUCAUGGAUGGUUUCUCAGGGUACAAUCAAAUCAAGAUGGCUCCCGAAGAUAUGGAGAAAACUACGUUUAUCACACAAUGGGGGACUUUCUGCUAUAAAGUGAUGCCAUUUGGAUUGAAGAAUGUCGGAGCAACCUAUCAAAGAACAAUGGUAACCUUGUUUCAAGACAUGAUGCAUAAGGAAAUAGAGGUUUACGUGGAUGAUAUGAUCGCAAAAUCUCGAACCGAAGAAGACAAUGUUGUUAACCUUCAAAAGUUAUUUGAGCGACUAAGGAAGUUCAAACUUCGUUUAAACCCUGCUAAAUGCACAUUUGGUGUAAGAUCAGGCAAAUUACUUGGGUUUAUCGUUAGUCAAAAAGGGAUAGAGGUGGACCCAGAUAAAGUAAGAGCAAUACAAGAAAUGCCGGCUCCACGCACUGAAAAAGAAGUUCGUGGCUUUUUGGGUAGAUUGAAUUACAUUGCAAGGUUUAUAUCGCAUCUCACCGCUACAUGCGAGCCGAUUUUCAAAUUGUUGCGCAAAGACCAAAAGGUUGAAUGGAAUGAGAAUUGUCAAAAAGCUUUCGAAAAGAUUAAGCAGUACUUAUCAAAACCUCUCAUCCUAGUGCCUCCUGUUCCUAGGAAACCACUUAUUUUGUACUUAACAAUAUUUGACGAGUCAAUGGGCUGCGUACUGGGGCAGCAUGAUGAAUCUGGUAGGAAAGAACAUGCUAUUUAUUAUUUGAGCAAAAAGUUCACCAGUUGUGAAACAAGAUAUUCACUACUUGAACGAACAUGUUGCGCAUUGGCAUGGGCUGCUCGUCGGUUGAGGCAAUACAUGUUAUGUCAUACAACUUGGUUGGUGUCUAAAAUGGACCCAAUUAAGUACAUCUUUGAGAAACCUGCUCUUACUGGAAGGAUUGCCCGUUGGCAGAUGUUGCUAUCAGAAUACGAUUUGGUAUAUGUUACACAAAAAUCCAUCAAAGGAAGCGCACUAGCAGAGUACUUAGCCCAUCAACCGGUAGAAGAUUAUCAAUCAAUGCAGUGUGAAUUCCCCGAUGAAGACAUAAUGAAUUUAGUUGAAGAGAUUGAAUCAUCUGAUAAAGAAAAGUGGAGGUUGGUGUUUGAUGGUGCUUCUAAUGCGUUAGGGCAUGGAAUUGGAGCCAUUUUGAUUUCUCCAGAAAACCAGUUCACUCCAUUUACGGCUAGGUUGUGUUUUGAUUGUACAAACAAUAUUGCAGAAUAUGAAGCAUGUGUUAUGGGAAUUAAAGCAGCUAUUGAAUCAAAUGUAAAAUUUCUUGAGGUAUAUAGAGACUCAUUGUUGGUCAUCCAUCAAACGAAAGGAGAGUGGGAAACGCGAGAUUCUAAACUGAUUUCGUAUCACAUGUAAAAUUUCUUGAGGUAUAUUGAGAAGAUUACUUUUCACCAUAUCCCUCGAGAAGAAAACCAGUUAGCUGACGCAUUGGCCACUUUGUCGUCAAUGUUCAAAAUAACCACUAAUCAAGACGUGCUGGUCAUAAAGAUUCAACAAAGAGAUAAACCUGCAUAUUGCUUAUCAAUAGAAGAAGAGUUGGAUGGCAAGCCGUGGUUUUAUGACAUCAAAUCAUAUGUUAAGAAUAAGGAAUAUCCAUUGGGUAUUUCAGAGAACGACAAAAGGGUUUUAAGGAGAUUGUCAAUGAAUUUCUUCUUGAAUGGUGAUGUGCUUUAUAAGAGAAAUCAUGAUAUGGUUCUCCUCAGAUGUGUGGAUAAAGCAGAAGCGGGGAAAAUUAUCCAAGAGGUUCACGAAGGUUCUUUCGGAACUCAUGCAAAUGGGCACACAAUGGCUAGAAAAAUCUUAAGGGCUGGCUACUAUUGGUUGACCAUGGAAUUCGACUGCUUUAGUCACGUAAAGAAAUGUCACAAAUGUCAAAUCUAUGCUGAUAAAAUACAUGUACCACCCACUUCUUUGAAUGUUUUAACAUCACCAUGGCCAUUUUCAAUGUGGGGAAUGGAUGUUAUUGGACUCAUCGAGCCUAAGGCUUCAAAUGGACACCGGUUUAUCCUAGUAGCUAUUGAUUAUUUCACAAAAUGGGUUGAAGCCGCUUCUUAUGCCAAUGUGACGAGAAGUGUGGUUGUCAGAUUCAUCAAAAGAGAAUUGAUUUGUCGAUAUGGAUUGCCAAAUAAGAUAAUCACUGAUAACGCGACUAAUCUGAAUAACAAAAUGAUGAAAGAGUUGUGUGAUAAUUUCAAAAUUCAACACCAUAAUUCUUCUCCAUAUCGUCCGAAAAUGAAUGGGGCUGUAGAAGCAGCAAAUAAGAAUAUCAAGAAGAUCAUACAGAAGAUGGUGGAGACAUAUAAGGAUUGGCAUGAAAUGCUUCCCUUUGCAUUACAUGGCUAUAGAACCUCUGUUCGUACCUCAACAGGGGCAACUCCUUUCUCAUUGGUGUAUGGAAUGGAAGCGGUACUUCCCAUCGAAGUUGAAAUUCCCUCGAUCAAAGUCCUGAUGGAAACAAAACUAGAAGAGGCAGAGUGGGUUCAAUCACGAUAUGACCAACUGAAUCUCAUAGAAGAAAAAGGAAUGAUAGUUUUGUGUCAUGGUCAACUUUAUCAGAAAAGACUUAAAAAAGUCUACGAGAAAAAAGUCCAUCCUCGAGAAUUUCGAGAAGGAGAAUUAGUGUUAAAGAAAAUAUUGCCCAUAAAAAAGGAUUCUUGGGGAAAGUGGACUCCGAACUACGAAGGACCAUAUGUUGUGAAAAAAGCUUUCUCUGGGGGAGCUCUAUUGUUCGAUGUUGUGCCUUACACUAUUUCUAAACAAAUUCAGUCUCAUUUUGUUUACUUCAGAUCGUACACGUUUCCUAAGUUUCCUUCCGUUCACACGUCUUCAACGUUCCCUGGUCCUUUGUCUUCUAUACCUUGUGAAGAUCCCUGUUGCAAGCAAAGACCAUCCUUUGUCUUCUAUACCUUGUGA